AUGUUUGGUUUUUCUGAUAACAUGAGUGACAUGAUAAACGCCUUGUUUUCUGAGGGUGCUGGUGAUUUUGGGUUUGAGUCUCGUAGUCGAAGGCCCAAGACAGUUUCUCUUGCGUUGCCUGUUACUCUCAGCGAUCUUUAUAAUGGAAAGAAAAUUGAAGUUUCACGUUCACGAAAGGUGGCCUGUACCGCUUGUGAAGGACGAGGAUUUAAAGGGAAGCGCAGUGGCACAUGUCAGGCAUGUCGAGGGAAUGGGGCUCGAGUCAUUGUACGUCAAAUGGGAAUGAUGAUGCAACAGAUGACUGUACCAUGUGAUGUCUGUGGUGGAGAGGGUCGUAGGAUUGAUCCAAGAGAUGCAUGUACUGUGUGUCAAGGACAGAGAACGGUUGAGGUGGAGUCUCCUUUAAGUGUUGAAGUUGAACGUGGUAUGCACCAUCACGAGGAAUUCGUUUUCAAAGGUGAGGGUGAUUGGCACCCAGAGACAGGUGUCCCGGGUGAUAUUGUAAUCGUGUUGGAACAGGUAAAAGAUGAACAGUUCACCCGUGACGGUGAUGAUCUUCACUUGACACACACUAUAACUCUGGCAGAAUCUUUGUGUGGUUUUCAGUUCGUUUUAAAGCACUUAGAUGGUAGGGAGUUGAUAGUGCGUCGUGAGCGUGGUGAAAUCACAAAGCCUGGUGAGGUAAAGAUUGUGGUUGGUGAGGGGAUGCCAAUACUACAACGACCUGGACAUUGCGGUGACCUUGUGAUUCAGUUCAACGUUACGUUCCCAGCGAGAUUGGAGCAGUCUCAGGUUGAUCUCUUGAAGUUGGGGUUACCCCCUCCAAAGAGUGUUGACCUCCAUAAACACGACGAUGCAGAGGAGUGCUACGUCUCUAGAGAGGAGCUGGAUCAUCUCCGCAAUGAGCUGGAGGAUGAUGAUGUAAGGGGAGAUGGUCCAAGUGUGGGGUGUGCUGCUCAAUAA